CCUCAGUUUACGCCGACCCCCCAACGGCAUACCCAAGAUACGAGUAUACUUCUCCUAUCACGCACCAAGCUUAACUUGGUCACAUUGUUUCCAUCACUUCUCUUCACACUUUUGUUGUUAAGAAAAACACGACAUCGAUCACUAUGAGAUACUUCACGCCAGUCUUUUUGCUCGCCUCGGCCCUCCUGGUCGGCAUCAACGGUGCCCCGGCCGGAAACGAUGUCGCGCCCAGAGACCAAGGCGAGCUUGGUCCGCAGGCAGACGUACCCCGUAUCAAUGCUCCGGUUGCUGUAGCCGCCGCUGAGCAGCCAAACGCCGCGCUGGCCGCGCGCGACGACCAACCGAUUCAGCCCAGACUCCUCAAGACAAUUCUCGCCAAUCUUCUUCAGAAAAACAACAAAAACAAAAAUAAAAACAAGAACAAGAACCAAAACAAGAACCAAAACAAGAACAAGAACAAGGCUAAGGCCAAGGCAAAGGCCGCAACGCCCUCGCCGGCGAAGAGCUCUGCCGCGCCAAGGCCUUCAGGUACUCCGUCGGGCACGCCGAGAGCGCCUGCGCCCGCGGCACCCCCGAGACCUCCGGCGGCGGCCGGGCCUGCGACGCCUGCCAAAAAUGCCAACAAUCCGAAGGCACCCGCCGCCGCCGCUCCCAAGAAGGCCGGAGCCGCUACUGGAGCCGGAGCCGCAGCGGCCGGCGGUGGUGCCGCCGAUGCCACAAAAGCUUGA